GGGAUAUAUUUCCAAUACUUGUAGGGUGUCACAACCCAAAUACUUAAGAGAUGCAUUUUCAUAAUCUGGAAAAGACUUACUUCCAUUGUUUAGGGUGCUUUUCAAAACCCCAUGGUCGCGCCUGGUAUCCACUCAUCGACGGAAGUGUACCCCCCGGAAAAUCCCCCAUUUCUGCGGAAAGUAAAACAUACUGCCCAUUACAUUGUGUGCUAGAGGCAUAUUGUUUGUGUAUGGGGAGCGACAAAUGAAGAAAACCCCGCAAAUUUAGAUGUUUUUCAGACGGUUUAUGGCCUAUUGCAUGCUGUGUAUAUGUCAACGCAUGCGAAAAUGGUUCCGACUGGAGAGGUGAUCUGACUCAUGGAAUCAAUUGCCAGUGAUCCACCAAUAAUGUACAUUAAAUGCAAUAUCGAUUCGAUGGACUGUAAUGAUCUAUAUCUAAGCCUUAAUUCGAAACCAUGACGUAAUCAAGAUGGUGAACGGUGCAAAGGUGAAAGGUGUUGGCCAUCGAUCUCUUCUCACUCAUCUACAAAAACUUGGAAGAACAUGUACUAUGCUAAUCAGGCGUGAAGUGGAGAACAAGAAGCAUUUCUACUUGAUAUCUUUUAAAGUUGGAGUGAAGGGCGGUGAACCCAUUAUAGCUAAAAAGGCGAGACAAAAUGCUGGUCAACAUAUCCAGUUGGUCGAUGACUUCGAGUCGAUGUUGCCGGUUUGGGCCACAUGGUUCUCCAGAUCAAGUCCAGUACAGCAUCAGAGUUGCCAGCGUAUUAUAGUACAGGUGGAACCGAAAAAAGGAUCAGUUUUUAAUCUUGGAUACUUUGCGACUUUUGGUAGUAUUGAACCGGAAUUUACAAAAGAACCAUUUGUAUUGAACAUGCACAUAUAUGAACCAAUAUAUGACGAUGUAAAGGAACAGAUUGUUGCAUUUUCUGCCAUACCUAAACGAAGAGAACCCGACCUCGGUGGUACCGGCUGCCUCAAUAUGUGUCAAAGUGAAAAAAGUGAUGAUGACGACGACAACCACGUCCACGAGGAUGGAGCAUCCUGGGAUGGAGACGACACUGAGAAAGAAGUCUACCUGUCUGGCGAUAGCAAGGGUCCAUUGAAGCUAGUCCCCCGCGCAGAUUUCAUGACUGGUAAGGAUAGUAUUAUCCUUAACUCGGAGUUGUUUGGUCGCUUGUUGCACAUAAAUGGAUCGUUCUCGAUAUCUACUUUAAAUGAAAAGGAAAAGUUAUACGUGUAUUGCCCGAAUGCCAAGGCAUAUGCCAAGGCAUAUCUUCGAAAUAUGGGUUCUGAUUUCACCGAAGGCGACCCGGAAGGCCAGCUGUAAAAGCGCUGUCGUCACAUUAGUCAGGCUUAUACCAUACGAUAGACACAAUUUCGAUAAUACAAACACUAUUAUCCCCGAAAAUGAAAUCACAUUAAUAUGCAUGAAUGCCUAAUAAUACACUUAACAGCAUCUAAGUGGUGUAUUGAGACAUUUUAUUUCAUUAUUUCUAUAUUUCUUAUUAUAAUUUUAUUUAUUAUUAUCAUUAUUAUUAUUAUUAUUAUUAUUAUUUUUUUUUUUUUUGGGGGGGGGCAAACUUUAGACAAAAUGGUGUAUACAUGUAAAAAUAAUGUAAGAUAGAAUUGGAUAUGGAGGAGUAUAUGCGUUACAGACCGGCGUGCCGCGGAGACUACUCCACGUUCAUCAAAGUUAUCUACUACAUAAUGCAAGACUUCCCAUUCAUUAUAUAAGGUUGGAAACACAAUUGUUUCGGAAGAGACCCCAAGCCCGCCCCCCAUCUAUACGCCAGUGAUUCAUAUGGAAGAAUCUGGUUAUAAUUCAGAUUCAAAAUUCAAUGCUUGUUCUGUUUCGUUCGACAUGGUAAUAUAUAUAUA